AUGUCAAACGCUGAAGAGCUUGCAGAUGAGUAUGAAAGAGGUGAAGCAGAUAUAAAUAAAAUUGGCAAAGCCAGCAGUAAAAGAAGUAAGGCUGAGCAACAUGAACAUAAACAUGCUCAUCCAGAAGGUGAAACUCGAAAAAUUGUAAAUUACUGCAUCAGUGGUCAGGAAAAACGAAAAACAAGUACUGAUAGUACAGGCAAGAAAAGUAAAGAAUAG